UUCUUCGUCGUCUUGUCACCUGACACGGUGAAGGUCAAAGUGCGAGACACCGAUUUGAAGAAUGAACGCCAUACAAAUCUUGCUUUUGGUUCUUCUCCUUAGCGGGGGGGCGGACGCCGUCUACAAGCGCUGGAUCCCCAACACAAAUUUUGAGAACGCGUCAAACUGGGCUGAACAGAGGCUCCCCUGCUCUCAGGAUACGGCCGUCUUUGCAAGUAACAAGAAAGUCUCGGUCUUCGUUCAGUCGGCGCACUCCCUGAGAAGUCUGUAUUUGCCUCUGGAUGGAGAGUUCCUCCUGUCUCCCGGUGCCGGGUUUAUGGCGGCUCCUGCUGAAGAUCCAACAUGUGGGGAAGGCUCCCUUGUAAACUUCGGUGAUGUCGAUCACUAUCAAUGGUUCGAUCCAACCCUCUGGCAGUCCGCCGUCUCAGUCGAUGCUCUGGAAAAUGGAAAUACGCUCUUUCAUGUGGACUCUGAGCGCGUCCCGUGCCAGCACGACGAUGUGAUUUUUUCUUCCGAUACGUCCUUCCGGGUCCAAGUCCAGCAGACGGCGUCCGAAAUCCAGCUGAAGAGCGCGUCUGUCCUGGGGCGGAAAUUCAGCAGCGGGGCGGAGUUUGGCGAAUACCUGGCGUCGCACACGGGGAGGCUGCAGUUCCCGGGUCCGGCGCGGCCGCAGGUCACCAACACAAAAUGCGUGGACCGAACCGGCUGCUUGUGUGGCAAUGAGGGGGUGCAGCAAGAAAUAUGUUCAGCUUUGCUGCAGCACUUGGAGAACAAAUGCCCCGAAGCGUCCUGCGCCAAUCCUCUCAAGCCGAUUGGACAUUGCUGCGGUAUUUGCGGUGCCAUCAUUUCACUGGAAUACACGUCAGAAUUUGACUUGGAGACGUACCGCAGCCGACUCAUUCACAGCUUCCUCAGCCUGGCCAAAUAUUCGGAGGUGAAAUUGGCGAUUUCUAAGGUGCAGCCUUUGGCGUCAGCGAUGGGCGGAAAGUCUCUGAGCUCCGAGCCCAGGAUUCAGGUUGUGUGCAUUGAUGAGAAGACGGGUUCCAAUGCUGGAAUGGAUGCCCUGCAGCUGGCAAAUGACAUCAUGGAAGACAUUCAAAGUCACGGCCAAUCGUUCGGCAUUACAACGGCAGAAAUGGACUUUUCCACCGGCGCCUCGACCAGCACCCAGAAAGGACCGCUGUCUGCUCUCGGCAUUACCGGCAUUGUCCUGGGGGGUGUCGUCCUUUUCGUGUCGCUGCUCGGCCUCGCCUACUACCUGUACAGGACGGAUGCCUUCAGAUUAGCUGAUUCUCGAUUCUUCUGGUUGCGUCGGAAUAUAUCCCGUUUGGAGGAGGAUGUGUCAGUGGAGGACGGGGGGUUUAGUAACCCAGUUUUCGAUCCCACAGCAGAAAAUGAGGCUAAACCAAGAUUGCAAAGUGAAUUUAAGGAAGAUUCCUCCCAAAGUGCAAUCCAGUUCUCCAAUCCUUUAUAUGAUGGCAACAUUGAAGUGUGAGGCUGGGGGGUUCCCACCAUCUUCGCCUGCAGCUCAUAGCAGGGAUCCCAGUGUGUCCUCGUUCACCAUUUUCAGCCCGAAUUUUGGGCUGAAAUGGAGCAAAAGACACAUCGGGGCUCCUGUGCAAAUUUGCAGCGGAGAUAAUGUGAACCGGUCUCCACAUCCAAUUCCCAAUAGUGUGAACCCGGCCUGGACAGGACGAUUCCUAACCAAAAAAUGUUGGACUUUUAAAGACAAUGGCCACUGUGUUGCUGUACCUGGGGAGCGGAGACCUUUCUGUGACUACAAGGCGGUAUGUCGGGGGGCACACACAGCGGGGGUGUACUGUAAUCAGUUUAGCUCUCACAUCUCCCUCCCCUAUAGACUAGAGCAGUUCAUACAUUUCUCCCAUGUGUCCCUACUUAUUACGCUAUAACUUUUUCAUGGCUAAAGAUGAAAUACACCAAUCUUUUCAAUUGGACAAAGCAUCCUUUUGGCGAUACGGUUUUCUCCCCAUCCCUUCCUCCCU